UAAUUCAUCAAGAACCCAUCCUGCCUUCAUCCAACGUUUCAAUUCUCGUCCAUGUCCCCAAACCUUUAUAAUCAUCCACGUGGCUGGUCCAUACUUAGCCACGUCACCCAAGUUAGGUCCCUCCUUUGUAAAAGAGAAAUUCUACACCGUCCGGUGCUUGUCACCAGAGAAGGUAGCCGCUGCUAAAGCUGGUCAGUUACAGUUGCGGAAGCCUUAGGACUGGAGAGAGAGAAAAGAAGAAAAAGAGAAAGUCUGGAAUAGAAUGAGGAGCGUAUCCUCAAUUUCUUCGUUUUUAUCACUGGGGCUUGUUCGACGAAGAAUAAUCUCUAAUAAGUCUCAAAUCAGUGUUCUUCGCUUCUACUCUGAUGAUCCUUUCCCUCUUUCCUCCCCAAAGCCUCCAGGGCUACUGGGACGCUAUAAGAAUUUGGUUGAUCAAGGGAAGCUGCAGCAUGAUCCUUACCAGGAAAGGGUUGCUUUUGAAUUAGAAAAAUUGCUUGGAAGAUUGGAGCAAUAUGAGAAAGACAUGGAGGAAUAUCACGUAAACCUAGCUAACUGGGAGAAGAAGAGGGAGAAUGAGCGGCUUAAGCUUUUGAUGGAAGAAGCUGAGCAGCAGCAGAAGGGGGACAUACGGACAUCAGUAAACAAGCAUCGGAAUAAACUUCUUGAAAGAUGGAUGUUUCGGAAAAAACCUGAAAAUGUUGAACCUGGAGUGGGUAGAUGGGUUUCAUACCUAAAUAGAGAAAGAAAGUUGGAUUCACUUGUUGGUAGUCGUCCAACUGCUCCUCCAGCACCAAAAGGGCUUUAUAUAUAUGGCAAUGUUGGAAGCGGAAAGACCAUGCUGAUGGAUAUGUUUUAUGGUGCCACUGAAGGAAUUGUUAAACAUCGAAAACGAUUUCACUUUCAUGAGGCUAUGCUGAAUAUAAAUGAACAUAUGCAUAAGAUAUGGAAGAAUCAAGUGGAGGAACAGUCAUUGCAGUCAAGCUUAUCUAGCUGGAUUAUGAAUCUUCCUUUUGAUAUGAAAGUCAAGGAGUGGUUAGCUGCAGAGGAAAGGUAUAAGCAAGAAGUGCAGAUGAAAAACAUUCUCCCUGCGGUGGCAGACAAGUUUCUUGUAGAUCAACAAGGAGAUCAAAAUGGGGCUAGUAUUCUUUGCUUUGAUGAGAUACAGACAGUUGAUGUAUUUGCUAUUGUGGCCUUAUCUGGAAUUCUAAGCAGAUUGUUGACUACUGGAACUGUGCUUGUGGCCACCAGUAACCGAGCACCAAAGGAUUUAAAUCAGGAUGGUAUGCAAAGAGAGAUCUUCCUAAAAUUGGUUUCAAAAUUGGAGAAGCACUGUGAGAUAGUUCUGAUUGGAAGUGAGAUUGAUUAUCGACGUUUUAUAGCUCAAAGAUCCAAAGACCAGGUUCACUAUUUCUGGCCAUUGGAGAACAGUGUUGUGAAGGAAUUUGAGAAAAUUUGGUCUCAGGUCACAGAGCAGUUGGGAGGAGAAAUCACUUCUGCUACUGUCCCAGUUAUGUUUGGGAGAAAGUUGGAGGUUCCCAAAAGCUGCAAUGGAGUGGCAAAGUUUACAUUCGAGUAUCUAUGUGGUCAGCCGCGAGGUGCAGCAGAUUAUAUUGCAGUUGCAAAAAGUUAUCACACUGUCUUCAUCUCUGACAUUCCAACAAUGAGCAUGCGAAUCCGUGACAAGGCACGAAGGUUUAUCACCCUCAUAGAUGAGUUAUACAAUCAUCAUUGCUGCCUGUUUUGUUCUGCAGCUUCUUCUAUUGAUGACCUAUUUCAAGGAACUGAAGAGGGCACACUUUUUGAUUUGGAAAGUUUCCAAUUUGAAACCGAGACAGAAGGUGGAAAGCUUCGAAGAGAUGUCUUAGCUGAAGGCACUGUGGGAUCUGGAGGUGCACCAACUGGCAUAAUUUCCAUGCUAUCUGGUCAAGAAGAGAUGUUUGCCUUCCGCCGAGCAGGUUCACGCUUGAUCGAAAUGCAGACACCUUUAUACCUGGAAGGAGUUAGAAUGCUUCACCCUUAUUUCCAAAGGCAGAGCAAAGGAUUUGGAAAUAAUCGAACCAUUUUACAAUCUCAAGUAUCACCAUGAAUGGUAAUUCAUUGUACUUAAUAGUCUAGAUUAUGCCCUCGGAAGUUCCAAUAUGUGUAAUAAUGAUGUUUGUGCCUCAUAUCUCUAAUUCAUUGAUUUUUCCUCCUUUUUGUUGUCUCUAAAAUAGAAUAUUAUUGCAUUUUCUCAAAA